GCAUUAAGUGUCACAUUGUGUCUAAAUUACUAAGAAUGGAUCAAGAGUUGGAUCAGAAAUUUACAAUGGAACUGGGAAUCAUUGAGGAUGGUGUACCAGAGUCCACAAACUUAGUUGAACCAGAUACUAAGAACAAUCCCAUCAGAAUCGUUAGGGCUACACUUAUGGUGAUAUUGUUGAAUGUUUGUUUAGUUGCGGGAACUAUUCCCAUCUAUCUGUAUUUAAAUACGUUUACCGAAGUGAUCAGAGAACGGUUCAUGGACUUCAUACUUGUUGGUGGAGGCCUUAUUGCUAUACCCACGUUAUACAGGAUGGGAGAUCUUUCGAAAGGCCGUCAUAACUUCUACUACAUUUAA